AUGCAAAAAAAAAUAAAUGACGUGUUUCCUAUAAGUACAAGUAGUACAUUAACCGACCCAGGAACUCAUUCAGAGAAUCUGAAGAAUGAUGAAAGUUAUAGUAUAAUAAUUGAUGACAGCUUAGAUAUUGGAAAAUUUAUUAAUACUUCAAUUCCUAUUGAUGACUUCACAAAAUGUGCAUUGCUUGAAAAACACUGGGUUCCUCCACCAGGAUACAUAUAUCCAUUCUCUAUACACAUACGCCAAGGAAAAGAAAUAAAAAGAAACGUUCUACCUGUCCACUUACAAAAUAAUCAUUGGUUAGUACUAUCAGAUUGCAUGAAAGGGUUGUUUUGUAAAUACUGUGUUUUGUUUGCUUCCAAUACAUCUAACAAUGUAACACUUCAAACUUUGGUAAAAAAACCACUUAAAAUCUUUUCAAAAUUAACUGGCAAGGAUAGUGAUUUGAAAAGACACUGCAAUAAUAAAUAUCAUAAAUUUGCUGUUGAGUCUGGGAAUAAUUUUUUGGCUGCAUAUCAUAAUCCACAAAAAGUAAUUAUAAAUCAAAUAAAUACUCAACGAUCCAUUCAGGUUAGUGAAAAUAGAAAACGGUUAGUUCCAAUUAUUGAAACUAUUAUAUUUUGUGGUCGACAAAAUUUAGCGUUAAGAGGGCACAGAGAUGAUGGAUUUCUGGACGAUGAUGCUCGUCCAUCAAAUGAAGGAAAUUUUAGAGAACUUCUAAUGUUUAGAAUAAGAGCAGGUGACAAAACACUAGAAAAGCAUAUAAAAACAACUUCAUCUCGUUCAACAUUUAUAAGCAAAACUACUCAAAACGACUUAAUCGACUGCAUUGGCGAAGAAAUACAAUCUAAAAUAAUUCAUAAUGUAAGGAAGGCUGGUAUGUUUGCUAUAAUAUUUGAUGAGACUACAGACAUCAGCCAUAUUGAACAGCUAAGCUUAAUAUUGAGAUAUGUUCUGGAUGAUAAGGUGCAUGAAGAUUUUAUAACAUUUGUUGAUGCCUAUAAAUCAAUUAGACCAGAAGAUGUAUCAAAUCCUUAUGAAGUUAAGCUAAGUGGUAAAGCACUUGGGCAUGUUGUGUUGGAUAUAAUAACUAAACUAGGGCUUGAUUUAGAUAAGUGUGUUGGUAUCGGAACAAAUGGUGCAGCAGUAAUGGUGUCAGAGUCUUGUGGUGCAGUAUCGGAGAUACAAAAAAAAUGUUGUAAUGCUGUUAGAUGUCCUUGUUUCAACCAUGCUUUAAACAAUUCAUUGGCUCAGGCUUCAACUAUACCAUCUAUAAGAAACGCAAUUGGUACUUUAAAAGCUAUUAUUGCUUUUUUCAACACAUCUUCUAAAAAACAUAAAUUACUAAUUGAUACAAUUGGUCAUAAACUUAUUGGACUUUGUCAGACAAGAUGGGUUGAACUUCAUGAUGGUGUAAUACAAUUUAAAAAAAUACUUCCACAGCUGGUUAUUGUACUUGCUGAAAUUACUCUUUGGAAGGAAUCAAGUAUGACUACAUCUAAAGCUAAAAGUUUUGUUCUAUCAAUAUGUGAUACAGAUUUUAUUUUUGCAUUGACUUGUUUGAGUUAUGUGUUAGAGCGUACCUUGCCAUUAAGUAAAAUUUUACAGUCAUCAACUAUUGAUUUAAAAAAUGCUUCUGAAAUAGUUCAGUGCACUAUAACUGUACUACAGAGUAAUAGAACUAAUUGUAUUUCUGAGUUUGCUAAAUUGUAUUCAGAAGUACAACAAUUGGCAUCUGGAUUAGAUAUUGAUUUAAAAAUACCAAGAAUCAAUAAAAAACAAACACACAGAGAAAAUUAUAAUUCUCAGAGCAUUGAUGAAUAUUAUUGUAUAAGCAUGUUUAUUCCAUUGUUGGAUUCAAUAAUUGAAGAUCUUAAAAGACGCUUUACAUUACCAAGUAUGGAAGCUUAUGAUUUAAGUUUAUUUAUACCAACAACUUUUUUGCAACAAAAAAUGUACUGUACCUCAGAAUAUCAAGAUAGAGUAUCUAAUGUAUCAAAGAGAUUUUCUUCGAUUGAACCAAAUAUACUACAUGGCAAAACUAUUUUAGGUGAAUUAGAAAUCUGGUGCCAAAAAUGGAAAAUAAUUGCUGAAGAAGGAAUUGAAAAAUGUCCUGAUAAUGCAAUAGAAGCCUUUUCUUCUUGUAAUGCUAAAGUUUUUCCAAACAUCAAAUCGUUUUUACAAAUAUUAUCUACAAUGCCUGUUGGAGUAGUAUCGGCUGAAAGAAGCUUUUCCACUCUUCGCAGGAUGAAAACUUGGUUGCGGUCUAGGAUGGGUGAAACGCGGCUAACAGGUCUUUGUUUAUUACACGUGCAUAGGGAAGUAAAUGUAAACGAAUUAAUACAAUCUGUCAUAGAACGCUUUGCCAAUAAAAAACAGCGACGUUUAGACUUUGUUUUGUAA